AUGUUUGCCAAAUUGCUGCUCCUUGCUACUCUGGCCGUCGCUAGCGUUAGCGCCAAGCCAGGACUGCUCGCUGCCGCUCCUGCCGUUGCCUACUCCGCUCCAUUGGUGGCUGCUGCUGCUGCCCCGGCCGUUGCCUACACAGCCGGAUACGCCAACGUUGGAGACUCCGCCGUGGUCAGUUCCUACAACUCCCAGGUCAUCAAUCCAGCCUAUGCAGCGUACACUGCUCCGUUUGCUUAUGCUGCUGCUCCUGCUGCCUACACGGCUCCUUUGGCAUACGCCGCCCGGGCUGCUCCAUUCGCAGCUCCACUGGCAGCUGCUCCAUUUGCUGCUCCAUUUGCUGCUCCACUGACAGCGCCGCUGGCGUACUCUGCUCCUCUGGCUGCCAAAGUAGUUUUAUAA